GGAGGGAGGGGGCAGCAGGGGUUCAGGAGGGGGUCACAGUGGAUCCCAGCGCCGAGGCUGGAGCUCAGGGAACCCUUGAACUUUUACCCCCGCCGUCCCUCUCGCCCCCCUCCCUGGCCAACGGUCUUCACUUACACAGGAGGCCUGGCCUUGGAACACGCCGACGCAGGCAGGCGGAGACACACCCAUACACGCACGCCGAUGCGCCAACAUACACGCCAGGGCAGACAGAGGUCAUAGGCAUGCAGACGCACACUGACGUCCAGGUGAGCACACGCGUGGAGACGUGCAUGGACGCUCACACGCACACGGGAGCUAACAUGCACUCAGACACGGUCGGUCGAGAGCAGCCCAGAACUGAUUUGUCACCAGAGACUCACACCAGAUCACCUCAGCGACAGGCUCUCCUGCCUGUCAAUCGUCCAGCCUUCACCAAUCAGCAAGCUGCUUUCUCCCCCUGCAGCCCGACUCCUCCACACUCUGCUAAAACAGACAGGCCCCCAACCAUUAGCCCUGCCCCAAUUGGUUCAACUCCUCUUGAUCUCUCUAAACCCUCAAGAGCUAUUGGUACCAGUCCUCUCGGUCCAUCUCUUAUUGGUCGAGCCUGCCCAGAUCCUUCUACUAUUGGCCCAACCCUUGUAGACCUGCCACCCACCCCAGUUGAAGCAGAAAGGAAGUAUGCCCUUCGUAGCUCUGGCCGACCCCGCUUCCCCUGCCAGCUACGCAAGUCCUCCCGCAUCCGCAGAUCCACAGAGGACGGAGAGAGGAGGGGCGGGAGUGAGAGAGAGAUGGAGGAGGAGGAGGAGGAGGAAGAGGAGAAAGAGAGAGUGGGUUUACAUGUGAAAAUAGAGCGCCCCGUAGUGGAGGAGUGUCUACCUGCAGCCUCCAAGACUGCAGACUCACCUGAAUCUGCAGCACCUCUCCCCUUACCACACCCCGUCGCGCAUUUCCUCCCCCGGCCGUCACCCAAACCCAGAACUUCACCCAAACCUCAAGCCAGACCUUCAGCUAAUGCAAAGCCAAAAGCCCAACCCCGACCAUCAGUGAAAGCCUCGCCCAAACCUUUGCAGAGAUCAGCAACCAAUCCCAGACCUGCAGCCAAUCCCAGACCUGCAGCCAAUCUCUCGCCUUGUCCGCUGACCUGUGCAGAGCCCCGGGCCACAGUGAAGAAGGAGGAGCCUGAACAUCCAGCUCUUCCCGACAAAAAACGACGAGGACGGUUUGUAGGUGUGAGACGUAUCGUGGUGAAGGUUGCCCGUAUCCCAGUCAAUCUCAGCCGACGCCAGAAGAGCUACAAGAUCUCCUCCAUGGAGACGGUGGAAAAGGCCGGAGCCGGAGGCGACGGAGGAGUGGAGGGAGCCGAGGGAGGGGCAGCGGUGGUCAGAGAGCCGACUGCACUCCUGCGCAUGAAGAACAACGGGAAGAGCGUGAUGGUCAUGUUCCCGCCCGGGGAACUCCCGGUGAUCCUUAAACGUCGCCGGGGCAGACCUCCCAAGCAGAUUGUACCGGGCAUGCCAGACAAAAUCGCUGGUGGGCAUUCAGCUGUUGUCGGUGGCAACGGUGAGCCCAAGAAACCUCGUCGACGCCGGCGGGCCAAGCUCCCCUCUCCGCAACCGUCCUACGUGAACGACACCAACGACGUGAAGGCCGAGUACGGGGAUGUCUUGUCCAAGCUGGCCUUCCUCAACCGCCAACCGCCAGCCACCGGCCGCUGCUCCCCACCACGCUGUUGGACACCCAGCGAACCGGACAGCUUUCACACACCGCCAGACAACCCCGGGAUCUCAGCGCUGCUCCAUCGACUCACAGGGUUCAGACGCAGAGGGGGGAGGGGUGGUGGCAUGGGGGGCAGGGGGGGGGGAGCAGGGGGAGGAGCUGGGGGUGCCGGGGGGGACAGCUUCAAGAGCUCCUUCAGUGAUUUCUUUGAGUCCAUCGGGAAGAAAAGAAAGGCGACCUCGGCGCCGUCGGAACCAGGGUUGGCCAAGAAACGAGGAAAGGGUGGGGGAGGCAGGGGGGGUGGGGCUGUCGGUGCAGAGAUGGGGCUCGGGGGCGAGGGGGGCAAGCUGGUGAGGAAACGGCGUUCACGUAAGAAUGGGGUUCUGAAGGAGGAGGCAGUGGGACAGCUGGAGCAGGACUGGUCUAACGGUGGCGGCUCCUGGGGGGAGGAGGGGGGAGCUGAGAGGGAGAGAGGAUCAGGCGUAUACCAGGCCUGUGGCUCCCCGAGGGGGGGCUUCCCAUCCUGUGAGGGGGGGAAAGGAGCAUCAUACAACAACCAGGGGGGCAACAGGGGACAUGGAGCUGGAGAGGAGGUACAGGGUUUGUUCGCUGGAUAUUUCCGCUCCUUGCUUGACUCUGAUGAUUCCUCCGACCUCCUGGACAUCUCCUCCUCUCGCCCCGACCCCAGGAAACCUUCUCCUGCCACAGGCUACGACUCCUCCGGCUCUGCCCCUGGCCCAGGCCCUCGCUGGUCCCCAGGAUUUCCCAAGCGUAGCCCCAAAGGAGAGCCAAGGGAGAACCCUGUCCAACCUCAGCCCUUUUCCUCCUCAACUUCCAGACCUCCCUACAGCUACAUGUCUCAGAACUCCCCCACCACCUCCUCCUUCCCAAAGUCCACGCCUCCAUCCCUCUCUCUGUCCCGUUCCCCCAGCUCCCCUCAUCCCUCCUCCUCUUAUGGACCCUACCCAUCCGGCUAUUCCUCCUCCUCUCCAGCCGGGGGCAGCGCAGCCCCGCAGAGACCUACCGACUGCAGUUUUGCAGCCUACGGGGCAGCAGGGCCGGGUAAGGCCUCCACAGCCACCCCUGUAGGCCAGGGUGCAAUGGGAUAUUCCAGCUUCUCCAAGCGGGGUUAUGGGGGCUUCGCUGGGCAGAUUGGACCAUCCUCUCCGGGUGGAGGGGGGUACAUGGCCAUGGCCAAGAACAGCCCGUUCCCCUCCUCCUCUUCUCCAGAGGCCUACAGACACUACCCGUCCAGCCAGUGGAACUACAGGCAGGGUGGCUGGGCAGGAGACAGUCUGGGUCACCACUAUAUAGGAGGUUACAGUGAUUACGUCACACCAGGCUCCAGCGAGCCCAAGGACAUCCUGGACAUCUCCAACUACACCCCCCAGAAGGCCAAGCGACAGCCCUUCCUUGAAAGCCUGUCAGAGUCCUCCUCUGACUCCUCCCACCUGGGGGUCACUGGUAAAGGAUGCGGGGCCAGUGGUGGAUGUGGUGGCGGGGGCGGGGGCUCGGUUUCUGUCGGCGGGGCUUACAGGCAGAGUGGAGGGAGGGAGUCUCUUCCUAUUGGUGGAGAUGGAGGUCAAGGUCAGUCCAGCCUAUCAAGUUUGGAGAAGCUAAUGAUGGAUUGGCACGAGAGUGCCUCAGGCCCCUCCUACAACUGGAGCCAGAAUGUUCUCUUUCAGGGGCAGGGGAAGCCUGGCCGGGGGCGCAGGAAACGGAAUGCUGCUGACACUCAAACAGAGAAGGAGGGGGGCGGUGGACCAGGAGCAGGCCCAGGGCCCACCCCAGACUCUCCCACCAGCCCCCCAGCCCAGCCCCCUGUCACAACCCAGAGCUCUGGUGCCAAACGCAGUGGUAUGGGGGGGCGGCAGACUCGGGGGGCAAGGGGAGGCAGGGGAAGGCUCUCCCCGUCCCCUAGAGAGCGCCCGUCGGCGGGGAAGAAGGGGAAGACCGGCGGGGUAGUAGGGGGUGCUGCUCAGGUAGGGUUGUUCCAGGAAGGCCUCGACUACUACAGUGGAGACAGCAGCAGCCUCUCCCCGCUCCCCACACCAGCCUCCCACCUCGGCUACCCCCCCGAGUCUUGUGACUACCCCUCCCAGUCCCCUUACUCUGCCCACCCAUCUACCCCGUCCUCCGAGGAGCACUACCCAGCACUCUUCCCAGGCGAGGCCUCCUCAUCCUCUCUCUCCCCGGGAAUGACCUCUGCGGCCUCCUCCUAUCCUCCCAAACCGUCUACUGCUCCCCAGCCCUACCACCCAACUGUAACCCCUGCUCCUCCGCCCUCCUCCUUCUCCCCCUCCUGCUCCCCAUCGCCGCGGUUACUGCCCCACUGUGGAACGGCGCUGAGCCCCCCCCAUCGUAACCCGGCAAACGUCUCCAAGGACCAUUUCCCCUCCCAGUAUGAUUCUCCCAGCUACUGCAGCUCCCCCUACUGGUAUGGAGGGGCAUCGCACAGCGGCAGUCCAAGUCCUCAGACUAACCAGCACGCCGCUCAGCACGGCAACACGCACGGCAACACACCCAUACACACAAAUGUCAAUCCCCACACUAGCCCCAGCAAUCACCCUCAUGCUACCACACACCCACACGCCAGUGCGCACACACACCCCAACCCUCACGCAAACCUGAGCCCGCACGCGCCUCACACCAGCAUGAGCCCGCACGCACACGCCAAUGCCAACCUCCACGCCAGCGCGCACCUCCAUUCAAACCCCAACCAUCACACUCACCCCCACCCAAACCUGCACACCAACCCCGCCCUGCACACAAGCCCCCACUCCAACCCUAGCCACCCACACUCCCACCCCCACUCUCUGCUGUACGAGGAGCGCCCCCCUCAUGGACCCCCCCACCCCCACAAACGGGACAUGCCCCCCCCACCUCCCCUCGGGGCUGCGACCCGCUCCGCUGCGCCUCUCUCCGUACCCCUCUCCCCAUCACAAGCCCCCGCUGGCCUCCUCCCCCCAUUCUGAGGACAUGGGUUACCCUCCGUACUCGGGGAUGCACCACCGCUAUCCUCCACAGCCCCCGCCUCGAGGAGGAGGCGCAGGAGGGGGAGGAGCGGGAGGUGUGCUCUGUCAACUACUAGACCCCCCCAGCGAUGAUAGCUUCAGUGUCACCAGCCUGUAGCUGAAGGUGCAUCAAUCUAAACCUUUUUUCAGAUUUGUAACCUUUUUUUAAGGAGAGACUUGAUGAAAGAUGAGAAUUUAUCUGCCAACUCUGGACAGUAGAGCUUUAGUUCUCCAGCUAUGACAAUCAAGAGCCAACUGCAACACACACAAAGACAGACACAUGUGCACACACACACAUGCACACGCGCGUACACACACACAUUCACACACGCAA